GUCGUCCCGGUGGCAGCAGCAUGCAGCGUGGAGGCCUCGUGCGCAUGGUGUCCAUCUCGCCGGACAUGGACACGAGCGAGUCGCUGCCGUAUGUCUCGGCCAUCGUCUUCGACUGGACCAACGUGCUCUGCCCCACGACGUGGCUUCAGGGCAUCACGCUCGCGGCCGCGAAGGACGGGCCUGAGUUCCACCUCGUCGCCGCCUCCUUGCGCCAGCUCGACACCGACAUACUUGCGCUUCUCACCCACGCGAGUCGCCUCGGCGCUGUCUACAUCACCUCCAUUCACACACAGGCGUACCUCGAGCAGCUCUGUCGAGCCGUUUUGCCGCGGACGGGCCAGCUCCUCUUCCAUCCGUGCUCUAGCAUCCAGCUCGUGUGCGCGUCAUCAACGCCGUCGCCAACGUGGUACGCGCAGGUUCUCCAGGCGAUCUACGCGCGCACAGCAAGCCAUGACGGCAUCGACCAGCCCAUCUCGGUACUUGCCGUGGGCCACGACCACACGUGGCACUGGAGCCUCGCUCAAGUUAGCCACCACGUCGUGCCAAAGCGCCUCGUCCUCACAACGCUGGAGCCGAACUUGCCCGACUGCAUCGAGAAGCUCAAGCAGCUCGAAUCGAUCCUAGACGACGUCGCCUUCCAUCGCGGCCCGCUGCACCUCGUCAUGUAGUAUCCCCCUUUCCUUAAAGGACCCCUUUCCUUUUGUU